AUGAUUUCCAGCUCUCGCCUCCUCCGCGGUCGAUUGUCAUCCAAGGUCACUCUCACCACCCUCACCGGCCUAUGCAAUGGGCGACUGUCCUCACUCGCUCACAAUGUCCAUUCCUCGCAAUUGAGGGCCAGUCGAUUCCCCAUAUCAAGAAUCUUCUCCCGAAAAAUACCGGUUCAAAUUAGACACAGCUCUGCGCAAUUGCCUGCGACAAGGCCACUUGAGACAGACAAUGCAAAGAAGAAUCCGGCCACACACUAUAUCCCACCCCAGACUGGCCUGAUCACGUUCUUACCAAACUCAUGGAUCCCAUAUGCCGAAUUGGUGCGCCUGGAUAAGCCUACCGGUACAUACUACCUUUUCUUCCCGACUCUCUUUUCCACCCUUCUCGCGGCGCCAAUGGCCGGCGCAGCCCCCCUUCACGUCCUCGGCAUAUCGGCUCUUUUCUUUUCAGGCGCGUUGAUCAUGCGAGGCGCAGGUUGUGCUAUCAAUGAUUUGUGGGACCGUAAUCUGGAUCCUCAUGUCGAACGCACCAAGUUCCGUCCCAUCGCCAGAGGCGCUCUUUCCCCCCGGAACGCAGUGCUCUUUACGGGCUCACAAUUGUUGGCUGGAUUGGGUGUGCUUGUUUCAUUCCCUACUCAAUGUCUUUGGUAUGGAAUUCCUAGUCUACCCAUUGUAGUAGCCUACCCUCUCGCCAAGCGCGUGACCAAUUACCCCCAAGCUGUUCUGGGUCUUGCAUUUUCAUGGGGAGCAAUUAUGGGAUUCCCGGCCUUGGGUGUGGACCUGCUUGCCAAUCACGAUGCCUUAAUGGCUGCUGGGGCCCUUUAUACCAGUUGUAUUGCUUGGACGGUACUGUACGAUAUGAUUUAUGCACACAUGGACAUCAAAGAUGAUGCUGCAGCGGGGAUCAAGUCAAUUGCCCUUCGCCAUGAACACAACACCAAGGCUGUCCUAAGUGGCCUGGCGGUAACUCAAGUCUCCCUUCUCGCGGCUGCAGGUAUUGCUGCAGGCGCUGGGCCUGUUUUCUUCGUUGGCAGUUGCGGCAGUGCCAUACUUUCGCUUGGCGUCAUGAUUUGGAAAGUCCAGUUAAAGAAUGUCAAGAACUGCUGGUGGUGGUUCAAAAAUGGAUGUUUGUUGACCGGCGGAGGGAUCACCGUGGGCUUGCUCGCCGAGUAUGCGAUGCAGCACCUCGGUUUAUAUAAUACUGCAGAGCCGAAGCCCUUGGAGGCCGAGUCGACGCAAUUAUGA